AUGGGUUUGAAUAACUCCACGCUACCACGACGGAGAAGCAGUAUCUCCUUUAAGCGGAAGUGGACAAUUAUCGCUAUCUUAGGAGCUUAUAGGGACAACAGAUCCCUGUCUGCCUUAGGGCCUUUACACCCCGCGUUAUAUAUUGCGCAGAUAAUGAUACUAAGCUGGUCUGGAACGCGGCUUCAGUAUAUUAUUAACGAUGAAAAUUCCAGCUUCUUUCACCGGGAGCGCGACAAAGCUCUGACUGUGCUCCGGUCGCACAGAGUUGUCUACGGCGAUAGUGAGUGGUGUAAUAUACUGUGGGACGACCUAGAUAGCUGUUUGUUUAUUAUUGACUUAGAGGACGUAAAAAGGUUGAAGCGCCCUUGGGCUCUUAAACCAACCUCUAGCAACACUCGGUAUAGUUAUUCUAACGGGGCGUAG